GGCAGAAGGUGGUGGGCUAUGCUAGAUUGGCAGAUGACAGACUGACACAUCCACAAAGUUCAGAAAUCCAAAUUCGUCUGUUGUUGAAAUAGCCAUGGCGGCGACGAGUGUAGCGAAGCCGGCAUCGAAAUCUAAUAAAACAAAAUCUAAAGCAACACUCCUUAAUGCGCUGGGUUACAAAAGUUUGUUAACGUUUACCAUACUAGCUCUAGCAUGUAUCGCUGGUUUUGCUUCCAGAUUGUUUGCUGUCAUACGUUUCGAAAGCAUCAUCCAUGAAUUCGAUCCCUGGUUUAACUACAGAGCAACAGCAUAUAUGGUCCAACAUAACUUCUACAAUUUCUUGAAUUGGUUUGAUGACCGGGCAUGGUAUCCAUUGGGACGAAUUGUUGGAGGGACAGUCUAUCCUGGCCUGAUGAUCACAUCUGGCUCAAUUCAUUACAUCCUGCAUGCUUUGAAUAUCCCAGUUCACAUAAGGGAUAUUUGUGUUUUUCUUGCUCCUUUCUUCAGUGGUUUAACAGCAUUGGCCACUUACUUUUUAACCAAAGAGCUUUGGUCUUCUGGUGCUGGGCUUUUGGCGGCUUGUUUUAUUGCAAUUGUUCCUGGGUACAUCAGCCGCUCAGUAGCAGGAAGCUACGACAAUGAAGGCAUUGCUAUAUUUGCCUUAAUGUUUACCUACUACUUGUGGGUCAAAUCAGUUAAGACAGGAUCAGUUUACUGGGCAACAUGGACUGCAUUGUCAUAUUUCUACAUGGUUUCAGCAUGGGGUGGAUAUGUGUUUAUUAUUAACUUGAUCCCGCUUCACGUAUUCGUUUUGCUGCUCAUGGGGAGAUUUUCGAAUAGAAUUUACACAGCCUACACCACUUUCUUCAUUUUGGGACUCGUGCUUUCCAUGCAGAUUCCCUUUGUCGGUUUCCAGCCUGUUCGUACAAGCGAGCAUAUGGCGUCCUUGGGCGUUUUUGCUUUGCUCAAUGCCGUAGCUGUUCUUCGCUAUUUGCAGUCAAAGCUUUCUUCCUCCGAGAUCAAAUAUGUUUUCACCAUCGGAGUGCUGAUUGCUGGUGCCGCUGUGUUUUGCGUCGUUGUUCUGCUUACAUAUGCUGGAGUAAUUGCUCCUUGGAGUGGAAGGUUUUAUUCCCUUUGGGAUACUGGCUAUGCCAAAAUUCACAUUCCGAUCAUUGCCUCGGUUUCUGAACAUCAACCUACUACAUGGUUUUCUUUUUUUUUCGAUCUUCAUAUUCUGGUAAUAACUUUCCCGGUCGGAUUGUGGUACACCAUCAAAAACAUAAACGAUGAACGAGUCUUCAUUGUCUUGUACGCUGUCAGUGCCGUUUAUUUUGCCGGUGUAAUGGUUCGUUUGAUGCUUACGCUCACACCUGUUGUAUGCAUCCUGAGCGCCGUGGCGUUCUCGCGUCUCUUGGAGUUGUAUCUAAAGGAAGAAGAAUCGGCUUCAAAGGGGGGAGACUCAUCUGAUAACGACGAAAAUGACGAGAAAGGCAUGUAUGACAAGGCCGGCAAGUUGAAGAAAAUGAAACACGAACAGCUAAAAGAAAACGAGGCUGAUCAGGGUUUGGGAAUCAACGUUCGCAGUUUCGUCGUCGUCGCGGUCAUGAUGAUGCUUAUGAUGUUUGCUGUCCAUUGCACUUGGGUUACGAGCAACGCAUACUCCAGUCCCUCAAUAGUUUUGGCUUCCUACGGUCAAGAUGGUUCACGCCAAAUUAUUGAUGAUUUCCGAGAGGCGUACUAUUGGCUUUGGCAAAACACUCGUGAUGAUGCGCGUAUUAUGUCCUGGUGGGAUUAUGGUUAUCAGAUAGCAGGAAUGGGCAAUCGCACUACACUUGUGGACAACAACACUUGGAACAAUUCACAUAUUGCUUUGGUUGGGAAAGCCAUGUCUUCGAACGAAAGCGAAGCAUACAAGAUCAUGACUAACUUAGAUGUUGACUACGUUUUGGUCAUCUUUGGAGGAGUUAUCGGCUAUUCCGGUGAUGAUAUUAACAAAUUUCUAUGGAUGGUGCGCAUUGCUGAAGGGGAGCAUCCCAAAGAUAUCCAGGAAAGCAACUACUUUAGCGAACGAGGUGAAUUUCGUGUCGACUCCGAAGCUUCUCAAACCAUGCUUAAUUGUUUGAUGUAUAAACUUUCUUACUAUCGAUUUGGCGAUAUGAAGUUGGACUUCCGCAACCCAGCUGGGUUCGACCGAACUCGUAAUGCAGUCAUCGGACAACGCUCAAUUGAUUUGACUUAUUUGGAGGAGGCUUACACUUCGGAACACUGGCUUGUUCGAAUAUAUAGGGUCAAGAAACCACACGAAUUCAAUCGCCCCAAAAUUGAUAAAGCAGAGAGGAGAUUCAUUAGCAAGUCAUUUGUUUCGAAAAAGACGGCUAAAAAGAAGAAGGGGUCCAUUAAGAACAAGCCAGUUGUCAUACGGGGACAAAGACUAAGUGAUCAGUAAUUUCCUAGCCAGUUCUCUGACGACAAUGAAGACAAAUCUGCCUUGGAAAGAUAAAAAAAAUUUUGACGUGGGAAAAAAUCAGCGUCCCAGUUACAUUUUCCUCCCUGUACGGUUGUAUCGAUCACUAACAAUUCCAAAAAAUUGUCCAUUUGGUAUGUUGCGAAUAGUCUUGAGUGUUGCCACCAACAAUGCCGUUAUCAGAGGUAAUAAAAAAGGUUUCUUGAGGUGGAAA